UUCCCCAUCUAUUUCUGAUUCUGUUCCACAAGUCAUGCUAUUGGUUCAAGUUAUUCAAGUUGAUUCCUUCAGACUUGUUCAGCAAGUUAGAUUUUAAUUAUGUGGGAUUUCCUCGUUGGGCUUCAGCUCACUCAUAGAUACGCAUAACACAUCAGAACCACUUCAGUGGGACUCUUGAAGGAGUUGGACAAGCAGGAAAAAGGAUCUCUUCAUUAUUCAGGACAGAGAUGUAUAGGCCAGCAAGAGUGUCAUCAAUUUCGAAAUUCCUGAACCCGUGGGUAGUGUUCUUCACCGUUGUCGCAGUGGUGGGGAUCGUGGCCAUGAUUGUAGGACUACUCAUUCACUACUUAGCUUUCGAUCAAAAACCUUGCUUUUACCAUAGUAAUGUUCGAGUAACAAAUGUUGAAUACAAUGACCAGUUAAGCUCACCAGGUACACAAGAAUACAGACUCCUGAGUGAAAGAAUUGAAUCUAUGAUUACUAAUGCAUUCCAACAGUCAAGUUUAAGAAAUCAGUUUAUCAGAGCCCAUGUGGUCAGACUGAGGCAAGAAGGUAACCGUGUGACAGCAGAUGUUGUCAUGAAGUUUCGAUUCAGCAAACGUCGCAAUCCUGAAUCAAUGAAAGGCAGAGUUCAGUCCGUUUUACAACAAAUGCUGAAUAAUGCUGGAAACCUGGAAAUAAGCCCUUCAACUGGGAUAACAACAUGUGGGGUGCGUCCAGACCUGAUUACGCUGUCUGCAGAGAGAGUCAUCGGAGGCAGUCAAGCUGAGGAUGGCGACUGGCCGUGGCAAGUCAGUCUGCAGGUCAACGGCGCCCACCACUGUGGUGGGGUCCUGAUCAGCAACCUGUGGGUCCUGACUGCAGCUCACUGCUUCAGAAGCUACCCCAAUCCUCAACAAUGGACUGCCACCUUUGGCAUUUCCACACCCUCUCCUAGACUGAGAGUGAGAGUGAGGACUAUCUCGGUCCACAGCAAUUACUCACGUGUGACUCGUGAGAACGACAUUGCAGCUGUGCAGCUGGAGAGGGCCAUCACCUUCACCCGAUAUAUCCGCCGAGUGUGUCUCCCUGCAGCCACCCAGAGUGUCGUGCCUGGUUCCACUGCUUAUGUAACAGGAUGGGGCUCAAUAACCUACGGUGGCAACACAGUCACAUAUCUACGACAAGGACAGGUCCAAAUAAUAAGUACUAGUGAGUGUAACUCACCGGCCAGUUAUAACGGCGCUGUCUUGCCUGGAAUGCUGUGUGCUGGACUACCUACGGGUGCAGUGGACGCAUGCCAGGGGGAUUCCGGUGGCCCACUAGUCCAAGAAGACUCACGGCGGCUCUGGUUCCUCGUGGGAAUAGUGAGCUGGGGGUAUCAGUGUGGUGUGCCAAAUAAACCGGGAGUGUACACGAGAGUGACAGCCUACCGUGACUGGAUCAGACAAGUAACUGGGGUCUAAUUCAAUCAAUGCAUUUCUGUCACAAAAUGGUCAAGUGCAAUAAAGGCAUCUCUGUUCCAAAGUCUGUCUGCAGGUGUGCCUGGCUAAAGCUCCAAAAGUCUACUUUUCAACAGAAAAAUACAACUGUAAUUGUUUUAUUUUUACAUAUUGUUAUAAAACAUAUUAUUAUAGGUUUUAUAUUUUCUGAAGAGAAGCAUGUGAAUAAUUAUAUAGUACUAUGGCAAUAUGAUGGGUACCAUGUUAAACUAGCUGUCGAGUUAACAGUUUAAUGACAACUGUACUAUUAGUAAUAAAUAAAUAAGCACUGUGAGAAUGUCUACAACAGCAAUUAAGGAAAGUCUCAAGGGUCAGAAGAGGGUCUUUGAGGAUGGCUUAUUGAAGUUGAUAAAUGAGAUAAGAGUAGAAACUUGAGAAAAAAAGCAAAAUGACAUUCAAGAUAUACAAGGUGAUGCAAGAAAAUAGCAUUUAUUUAGAAUUUCUGUUCAUUCAAUAUAUCAUAGGAGAUGUCACAAAAUUUAAAAAGUGAGAUCACAGUACUAUCUUAAUUAUCCUGUAAUAACAUGUCUUCAUAGGAACUGUCUGAUGAAUUUCAGAUAUUUUGGAAGCCAAAAUGGUUUAGCUCUCACUAAAGGAAUUAUAGUUUUGAUGAAUAUUUUUAUCAAAAAUAUCUUUUAUCUACAUAGAGGAGAAAUUGUAUCUCACUCAGAGAAAAGCUUAGGAUAUGCACCUACAUACCAUCUCUGGUAUCCUUACAACUACACUGUAUAAUAUUACUUAACAAUCAAACAAGGAUGAGUUAGAGGUUUGGUCAUCUGGGAUAAUUCUCCUGAAGGAACUACUCACCACUGGCAGUUGUUUUGGGGAGUAUGAAGAUCUUUGUUAUCUAAAUCUAAGUAUUAAAUUGAAAAGAAAAUAGGAAAAAAUAUAGAAUUGGUGAGCAAAGAGAAGAUUUAAAGAGCUUAAUAUCAAAAAACCUCUUGGAAAGAGAUUCUCUGUCUCUGUCUCUCUGUCUCUGUCUCUGUCUCUCUGUCUCUGUCUCUGU